AUGGCGACUGAGCAGACCUACAUCAUGAUUAAGCCCGACGGCGUCCAGCGCGGUCUCGUCGGCAAGAUCAUCGAGCGCUUCGAGAACCGUGGCUUCCAGCUUGUGGCCAUGAAGCUCGUGCACGCUGGUCAGGACCACCUCGAGAAGCACUACGCCGACCUCAAGGGCAAGCCCUUCUUCCCUGGUCUGAUCAAGUACAUGACCUCGGGCCCCGUUGUCGCCAUGGUCUGGCAGGGUAAGGACGUGGUCAAGCAGGGCCGUGUCCUCCUUGGUGCUACCAACCCCCUGGCUUCGGCCCCCGGUACGAUCCGCGGUGACUUCGCCAUCGACGUCGGCCGCAACAUCUGCCACGGCUCCGACUCGGUCGACUCCGCCAAGAAGGAGAUCGCCCUUUGGUUCGGCGAGCAGGACGCUACCAUCGAGUACAAGCGUGCUGUCGACGAGUGGAUCUACGAGUAA